GAAAAACGAAAUGGAAUUAUUUUGGUUCGUAAAUUAAAAAAUAUAAAACAAAAAGAGUGUAAAUGGCUCAGUGAAUGGUUGUAGAAAUCGCCAGAUUGCAGCUUUUGAUUUCAUCAAUUCUGUUUGAUCUUCGUCGAAUUCAGAGCUUCUGAUCAUCCUCCCAUGGCUGCUCCGUUUUUCUCAACGCCUUUUCAGCCUUACGUUUACCAGAGUCCACAAGAUGCCGUGACACCUUUUCAAAUUUUGGGCGGUGAAGCUCAACUGGUUCAGAUAAUGUUGAAGCCAGACGAAAAGGUUAUAGCCAAGCCUGGUUCAAUGUGCUUCAUGUCUGGGUCGAUGGAAUUGGAAAAUGUUUUUGUUCCUGAAAAUGAAGGAAGCAUGUGGCAGUGGAUUUUUGGGAAGACAGUCAGUAGCAUAGUUUUUCGUAAUGCUGGUCAAAGUGAUGGAUUUGUUGGAAUUGGUGCACCUUAUCUUGCUAGAGUUCUCCCGAUUGAUUUGGCUAUGUUUGGUGGAGAGAUUUUGUGCCAGCCAGAUGCAUUCCUUUGUUCUGUGAAUGAUGUUAAAGUCAGUAAUACACUCGACCAAAGGGCACGUAAUGUUAUUCCUGGUCCAGAGAUAUUUCUAAGACAGAAGCUGUCUGGCCGAGGUCUUGCAUUUAUCCUUGGAGGUGGAUCUGUUGUACAGAAAAAUCUUGAAGUGGGCGAGGUGUUAUCUGUUGAUGUGUCUUGUAUAGCUGCCGUGACUGCAACAGUUAAUAUCCAAAUCAAAUUCAGUGGUACCAUGAGAAGAGCACUGUUUGGUUUGACCGAAUCACAGAGUGACAAUCUGGUAACUGCUGUUCUAACUGGGCCAGGCAUCGUCUUCAUUCAGAGUUUACCUUUUCAUCGAUUUUCUCAGCGUAUUGCUAGGGCUGUUACAUCUCCAAACAUGAGGGAAAAUCCGAAGUUCUACGUGCAGAUAGCCAUUUUCUUUUUCCUGGCAUAUGUUGUGAUUGUAUCUUCGUUAAUCUUGACCGAUGUAUGAAUUUCACUUUUUUUUUCCUUUUCAUCUUCGAUCCACAGAGAUGCCAGUAUCAUAUCCGUUGUUUUUCAACAGUGGUUUCUGUAGCUCAAGUCGAUUUCAACAUGAUCAGAUCAAUAGAUACAGAAGAUUUUAGAUUUUUGUCACUUGGAUUUCUGUUUUACUUUGCCUAAAAUUCUCGGUCAAUCAUAGGCUUGUAGACGAGUUCCUGACUAAUCCGUACUGUGAAGUCAUGAUUGAGUUGUAAAUUAAAGCCUUGCGUUAUGUUUUCUGA